UCUCCCCAGUACGUUUUUGUAACGUAAAACAAGAUUGACUUGCUCCAUUAAUUCUUCAACAAGGAGCGGUCUUUGGGCGUCCUUCAUCUCUUCACUUUAUCAACCGGUCACAAACAGGCGCUCGUAGCAACCUCCGCAGAAUGAAAUUCAUCCGUUCAGUGGUCGUGUUCAACGCGCUCUUGGAUGCCUGCAUCACUGCUACAGACACAACCACAUAUGUUGGAGUGAGAUACGAAGGCCACACAGACAUCGUCCUCUACACAUACGGAGAAUGCUAUCCCUAUCAGCUCCCAACUGGCGAGAACGCUCAGCUCGCCGUCUGGUGUAGACCUUCACAAUGUUACGAUUAUGUGAGUCCAUACUGCUUGGGAUCUCCAGAUAUUCCUCCACCACCGUUGCCUGGUCUCCCAUUCGUUCCUGGCGAGUUCCUACCAGAUCCGGAUGGUGUUGUGGAAUUGAUUGGAGGGGCAACAGUGUGCGAUGCACCGUAA